GAUCUCCCGGAGUGUAUUGGGCGUUUGCUCUUUUAGAGAAGGAUUUUAGAGGCGAAAGGACGUAGAGUUUGGGGAAAGAGGGGCGGUAGGGAGAAAGAGAAUGUACAGACCCCAGGUGAGAAAGAGGUGGGCAGACAGACCAUAGCAGGGAGAGGGAUCCAGAAGGCUAGCAGAGAAUACCGAGAGGGAACUGGAGGAGGUAGGGAAGGGAAGGGGCCGCCUCUUCCCGGAGUCGGACCGGUCCAGCUGGGAGCACCCGGCCCCCGAGGAUCGCUUUGGCCUGCAGGCCCAGAAUUCCCCUGGAGAAAGAGGAAGGCGCAGGGGUGGGCUGGGGCAGGGCACCGACAGCUCGAGGAGGGCCUCAGAGGCAGGACACCUUCCCUCCGCCGAGAGAGGGGCUAAACCUUUCACCUGCCUCCUUUGUUUGGCAAAUCGAGUUAAAAUCAGGUGUUCCCAGACAAGUGGUUUUUCAAAGGUUGCAAAUCCAACGUCCUUAUUUCAUAAGAAACGCAGACACCAACAGAAGUUACUUAAAAGCUGAAAACCCCAACUUUGUGCACUUAGGAAAACACUGGGGCUUUCUGGGGUGUCUUCAUUUCCUGAGCCCUGUCCUCAGCUCUCAGGAUGCCAGCGGCUGUUCUUCUUUUUUGUCUCCGCCCACCUGCCCCCCUCUUGCUGUGCUUUUGGCUGUGUUUGCCUCUGAGAGGCUGAAGCCUUUAGCUUUGGUCAGGAAGGUGUGAACCUUGGACCAAACCUGCCAUUUUGGGUCUCAGUGCAGCCUCGUUUGAGACUGUAUAAAAAGGAAUGCCCUUUUACUCAUGAGUGACCAAGCAUUUAGGACCCGUGGUGUCUGGUAUUAAAGGAAUAAAAGAGAUAGAUGACUGCAGAACAACACACCAUCCAUAUUUGGAUGAUUGACCUAAUCUGUGCUAUGACUUCACAUGGGCAGAUUUCCUUUGAGAGUUUCCUUAAUACUUGCUUCAGCAUACCUCCCCAAAGCUUCCAAUCAACAGGUUGGGGGAGAGAUGUCUGGGACGAGGGAGUCGGCUUGGGUUGAAGGUUUAGCUGGGAAGAAAUUUACAUGAGGGCAACUGAGGUUUCUUGGUGUCAGUUCUCACUCUGUUCCAGGCAAUGUGGGGUUAAUACCAACACCUUUUCUCUGAUUAGAGAUUUGCCUGAAAUAAUUGACAAGAAAGAAUCAGAUAAGGGACAGAGCUGCAAGAAUUGAGAGGGGAGAGAACCCUCAUUCUUGGAGCAUCUGUGGUAUGCCGGGUUACUUACUUAAUCACAACAGCCUUCUGAGACUUUUACAGAUGAGCAAACUUCGGCUUAGAUCAGGCGAUCCUCCUGGUUCACUGGCUGCUGACAACCUGGGGCUGCAUCGUGUUCUCAGGCCCCUACGCCUGGGCCAACUUUACCAUCCUGGCCUUGGGCGUGUGGGCCGUUGCGCAGCGGGACUCCGUGGACGCCAUAAGUAUGGUGAGCUCAGGAGGCAGCGGUUUCUGGGUGGCUUGGUGGUCACCGUCUUCCUGGACGUCAUUCACAUCAGCAUCUUCUACCCGAGAGCGGGCCUCUCGGACACGGUCCGCUUCAGUGCUGGCAUGGCCAUCCUCAGCCUGCUCCUCAAGCCGUUCUCCUGCUGCCUCGUCUACCACAUGUACCGGGAGCGCGGGGGUGAGCUCCUGCUCCACACCGGUUUCCUUGGACCGUCACAGGAUCGCAGCGCCUACCAGACGAUUGCCUCUCCAGAGGUGCCUGCUGACCCGGAGAGCAGGGGUUCCAUUCCCCAAGGAUACUGAAGCCAGCCCUGCCAUGCCUGGUCCCAGCCCAGGGGCCAGUCUGACAAACUGCGGGGGAGGCCCAGGCUGCAUCACCUUCCUUGAGCCUUGGACAUCAUCCUAGGGGUGCUCCUGACCUAACCUGCCAUCCUAGGGGUGCUCUCGGAACUAACAUGGGAGGUGUCCUCUGGAUCCCCAUCUCAGGGGUUGCCUGAAUCAAGUGCCCUGAGAGGUCAGCAGCCCCCGUGCACACCCGUCCCAAACUCCCUGAGGCCUCUCCUCCCUUCCAGGUGUCCCACUGGUCCCAGGCUGGGAAUUGUGGCUGCUUUUGUCACCUCCACCCUUGGCUGCUCUGUACAGACCCCAGGCCAAGCCAUGCCUGAGCCUGGCAGGGUCAGACCUUCUCUAAGGGCCAGUGAUGCCCACCCCCAACCCCAGGCCUCUCCCGAAGUUGGCCAAGCCCUCCUGCAGGAGCUCUGAGAGCUUCAGGUCAUGCUCAGCCCCGGGAGUAGUCCUGCAUGGGGUGAGGACCCCUGGCUUCUCACUGCCUGGCCACUUGGUGCCUGGGGACCCCGAGGCUGGAGACAGGAGGUGUCUGCAGCCCCAGAGACCCACCACAGCCUCCAGCUGCCCUACUCAGAGCCAUGGCAUUAAAGUUUGGGGAAUUCUGUAGCUGAGUGUGUUUUGAGGCACGUUUAAUCUCCCUUCAGGGCUGGGGCCUGGACUUGCCAUUCCUGGGACGAUUUCUCCUGCGAAUCCCCAGGGCUUAGGUGCCCGUUCUGUUGUGGCAGGAGGAAACGGGCUCAUGAGGAGCUGGACCUGCCCUGUGCCCCACUCUGGCCUAGGCAAGGCCCCAGCAGGGAGCACACUGUUCAGUUGCAAAGCAGCGUCCAUUUCUCCGAAUUCAGAUGACGCAGGUGUUGGUUUGAAUCCUGCUCUGCUACUGACUGGCUGUGUGCCCUUGCGCAUCUUAACCUGUCUGACCUCCGUGUCUCCUGGAGAAGGGCUACUGCCUGCCUGGAGAGUGAAGAUGCUGAUGACACGUAUAGCGCCUGGCCCUCGGGAGUCCUCCCUAAAUGACAGCAAAGUUGUCGUUAGGGCUGCUCCUUGAGCCUGUGUUGAGGUUGGGUCAGUAGGAGCAGGGUGGCCUCUUCCUGGCAGACCCUGGGUCUUGGCCUCGGAGCUGACUGGGAUUGACACCUGUCCAGAAGUUCCAAGGGUCCCAUGGCCAGGGAUCUACCCAACUCCCACUGGGAUGGGUGUUGACCACCGGACCCCAGGUGCCUGCGCUUUCCCAGGCCAUCCUGCCUUGACUCCAGCACAGGCCCUGCCGUUCUUCUGUAUCCGUCCAUCCAGAGAGGCUGAGUCCCUGCCACGUGCUGGGCAAGGCCCUGGGACUACAGGGACUACACUACCUGGGUGAACCCAGGUGCCUGCUCUCAGGGCACAGAUAUUAAGAGUCCUCUGUCACGAGGCAGGAGCCCUGAUAGGAGGCACAUGGGCCUCUGGGGAAGGGACUCAUGCUCUGGGGCCAAAGGAUGCUGAGUGGCUGCAGCUGUGGAAAACUGGAACCAGCCUCACUGUCAAACGGGGGCAGACAAAUAAGCUUUGAUCCGUUCAUUCUGAGGAGCACUGUUCAGCAGUUCAAAUGAAUAAACCAGAUCUAUGUCUACCAA